AUGCAGGACAACAGUAGUAUGCAGGACAACUGUAGUAUGCAGGACAACAGUAGUAUGCAGAACAACAGUAGUAUACAGGACAACAGUAGUAUGCAGAACAACAGUAGUAUACAGGACAACAGUAGUAUACAGGACAACAGUAGUAUACAGGACAACAGUAGUAUACAGGACAACAGUAGUAUGCAGGACAACAGUAGUAUGCAGGACAACUGUAGUAUGCAGAACAACAGUAGUAUGCAGGACAACAGUAGUAUGCAGGACAACUGUAGUAUGCAGGACAACAGUAGUAUGCAGGACAACAGUAGUAUGCAGAACAACAGUAGUAUGCAGGACAACUGUAGUAUGCAGGACAACAGUAGUAUGCAGGACAACAGUAGUAUACAGGACAACAGUAGUAUACAGGACAACAGUAGUAUGCAGAACAACAGUAGUAUACAGGACAACAGUAGUAUACAGGACAACAGUAGUAUGCAGAACAACAGUAGUAUACAGGACAACAGUAGUAUACAGGACAACAGUACUAUACAGGACAACAGUAGUAUGCAGGACAACAGUAGUAUGCAGGACAACUGUAGUAUGCAGGACAACAGUAGUAUGCAGAACAACAGUAGUAUACAGGACAACAGUAGUAUGCAGAACAACAGUAGUAUACAGGACAACAGUAGUAUACAGGACAACAGUAGUAUACAGGACAACAGUAGUAUACAGGACAACAGUAGUAUACAGGACAACAGUAGUAUGCAGGACAACAGUAGUAUGCAGGACAACUGUAGUAUGCAGAACAACAGUAGUAUGCAGGACAACAGUAGUAUGCAGGACAACUGUAGUAUGCAGGACAACAGUAGUAUGCAGGACAACAGUAGUAUGCAGAACAACAGUAGUAUGCAGGACAACAGUAGUAUACAGGACAACAGUAGUAUACAGGACAACAGUAGUAUGCAGAACAACAGUAGUAUACAGGACAACAGUAGUAUACAGGACAACAGUAGUAUACAGGACAACAGUAGUAUACAGGACAACAGUAGUAUGCAGAACAACAGUAGUAUACAGGACAACAGUAGUAUGCAGAACAACAGUAGUAUGCAGGACAAAGAUGUUUGA